AUGACACAGCAAGCGCCCUGCAAAUACUUUAUGAAGGGUAAUUGCAAGUUUGGCGCCAAAUGUGCACUUGCCCACUAUCUCCCUGACGGACGACGAGUCAAUCGAGCAGACCUCGAUGCCGGCUUUGCCAUGGCAGGACGGAAUUUCAACUACGCAAAUCGAACUGAACAGACAUCAUUCCCAAGUCAAGAUCCGAGUGCGGGAGAUUCCAUGCUCAAUCAACCGCCCUUCGGCCCAGACUACUUCCAAGGUCAAGCUUUUCCAUUGAUGGACGGUGACGAAACAGACGCGUUUCAGGACCGGUACAACCAAUAUCAACCGCCCUCGGCCCUCGAUUCAGGUCUUAACUCACCCCCGACAUCUCAGUUUGGUUCCCCUCCCAAUGAUUACCAAUUCCCCAAGUCACCAGUCGAAAACCUUAGAACAGCUCUUAACGCACCUCUACCACAAUCAUUCGACGCCAAUGGAGUUUCCCACAUAGCGAAGUACGGACCUCUAGGUCAAUCUGUCCCAGACAAGUUUGGCAUGCGAUCUCCGGCCUCUUCUUCGCUGUCUAGACAACUUGGAAGUCCACCAGAAUCGAUUGUCAAUGUCCGAAACGCCAAUCUUGGGUCUAAUUUGAGAAAUGUGUCACCUCUAGGUCUCUCGCCGCAGAAUGCAGAAGAGUCCAUUGGCCAGAGAAUUAUGCAUUCCCAACGAACCGUCAAAACGAGAGGACUUUCCGCGAGUGUUCCGCGCUCACAUCUUCCUUAUGAGUGGGAGGAAGGAAUGGGGGCAGAGACAGACCUACUUCCUAACAGUUUGCACGAUGAGUUACUUACUCCACAGGAGAAGAUGCGCCGCACUUCAAGGGCGGAUCAAGAGCACAGCUCCAAGGAUCAUGUGCAUGCCCUAGCGAUCCCAAGUGGAACUUCUAGCAAAGUUGGAUCCCCGCCAGCGGGAAGCCCUUCCAGAUUCAGUGCUCUGUGGGCUGAACAAAGGGAGAAAAAGGCAGCCGAAAGCAUCGGCCCGUCCAGCUUUGGCCAUGUUGGGUCACCUCUUCGUGGCUCGUGGAUGCCUAACGAAUCGUCGACUCCGAACGUACAAAUAUCUGGUAUAUCUCAAGCGAUGGCUCGGAUGCAGCUCAAUCGAGUUGACUCUGGCGAAUUGAAUGGAUUGAGAGUGCAGCCGAGUGGUCUCAGACAUUCAUCGGCGCCAAUUGGCCGAUUUGACCGCGGGAUUUCCAGCCCAGGUCUGAGUUCUAAGAAGAUCGAUGAGGAGGUCGAAGGAGUAUUCUUCCCAAUGGACGGCGACGACAAGACACCGAACUGGUCAGAGUCGACAUUACCUCUUGUGAAUGGGCCGGAGUUAUCGCCGGUUCUUCUCCAGCGCGCAAGGACAGUCGCCGCAGAACACCAGCAGCUGGCCGCGGCCAAUGCGGAGAAUUAUGAUGUAGCCGUCGCGAAGAGGAUUGGGGAGUUGGGCCCCGUCUCCACGGCGUUGAAGGAGUGGGAUGAUGCACAGAAUUCUCUCGAAGAACUCAACGCUCUCCUGCAUGACCCCUCUUCCGACGCUGAGCUUCGUUCUCUCGCAGAGACAGACAUCCAAGCCACUACAGCCUCUUUGCAGCUGCUGGCCUCGAAUCUGAAGAGGUCGCUCAUCCCGCCUCAUCCCUUCGCUUCCAUGCCUUGUCUGAUCGAAAUCCACCCGGGUGCAGGGGGCUCCGAGGCUUCCCUGUUCGCCCAGUCCCUGUUGAACAUGUACACCGACUUCUGUGCGCGAAAGAGGUGGCCCGUAACACUGGCGAGCUAUUCACCAGACGAUUCGACUCAUGAGGCGGGACUGACGGACGCGCUGCUGGAAGUCAAUCAUCCCGGCUCAUAUGAUGUAUUGAGGACAGAAGCCGGAGUCCAUCGCGUGCAGCGUGUCCCCGCGACGGAGAAGAAAGGGCGCACACACACCAGUGCGGUCUCGGUGCUUGUACUGCCCAACCUGCCAGACUCAUCGGCCAGUGCGGAGGGGUUGAAUUACGACGACCCUAACUCGGACUACUACAUCUCGCCGGCGGAGGUGAGAUCGGAGACGAUGCGGGCGAGAGGCGCGGGCGGCCAGCAUGUCAACAAGACCGACUCGGCCGUGCGACUGACCCAUCUGCCAACGGGGACCGUCGUGGCGAUGCAAGACUCGCGCUCCCAGCACAAAAACCGCGAAAAGGCCUGGGCGGUGUUGCGGGCCAAGCUUGCCCAGAUGCGCCGCGAGCAGCGCGAGGCCGAGAUCAUCAGCAUGCGCCGCGCGGCCAUGGGCGGCGUCGCCCGCACGGGCAGAGAGGACAAGAUCCGCACGUACAACUUUUCCCAGAACCGGGUCACCGACCACAGAUGUGGCGUGGAGAGUAGCGACCUGGACGGCGUCCUGGGCGGCGGCCAGAGCUUGGAGACGGUCAUGAACAGUGUCCGCGAGUGGAUGAACGAAGAAGAGGUUCGGGGCUUGGUGGCCGAGGAGGAGAUGAAGAUGAAGGGCAAGGAGAGACAACAGCGAUAG